AUGGAACAGUCUGAAGUCCAGACUCAGUCUGAGGCCAUGGAACAGUCUGAAGUCCAGACUCAGUCUGAGGCCAUGGAACAGUCUGAAGUCCAGACUCAGUCUGAGGCCAUGGAACAGUCUGAAGUCCAGACUCAGUCUGAGGCCAUGGAACAAUCUGAAGUCCAGACUCAGUCUGAGGCCAUGGAACAGUCUGAAGUCCAGACUCAGUCUGAGGCCAUGGAACAGUCUGAGGUCCAGACUCAGUGUGAGGCCUCGGAACAGUCUGAAGUCCAGACUCAGUCUGAGGCCAUGGAACAGUCUGAGGUCCAGACUCAGUGUGAGGCCACGGAACAGUCUGAAGUCCAGACUCAGUCUGAGGCCAUGGAACAGUCUGAAGUCCAGACUCAGUCUGAGGCCACGGAAUAG